GUUUCAUUUCUUUGAUUGACUUAUUUUUCUUUAAUUACAACUCGUAACCUUAGAUUGAUUGACAAUUUGCCUGAAUCUUCGUUGACGCAAUUAAAACAUAUGCUCAAAAGCUAUUGUUUUAACUUCUUGCUGAGAAAUUAGUAUAAAAAUGAUUCUUUUUUUUAUAAAACGGUAUCAAUAAAGUAAUGGUUUUUCAUUAAGCAACAACUCAGCAAAAAGCAACACUAUUCUUGGUUACAAGCAACCCUUUCAAAGUCAUUUGAUGAUUUAUCUGGAAAAUUUAUAUCAUCAUUAUGCCUGAAUUUGUACAACAUGUUUGGAUUGAAAAUGAAAGCCAUAAGUUAAUAAAUCGUCUUUAAAAUGUAAUAGGACGAAUAGGCGUUAUUUACAUUCCAUGAAGCAACAGUUUAUUUUUCAUUUUUUUAGGACUAUUUGUCUUAUCGAUUUUCAGCGCGGUUCUGAUCAAAAGCCUUUGAUAUAAUCAUGCACUUCUGGAUGGAAACUAUGAACAAAAGUUACAACAUGAAUCACAAGACUUCAAGUUCAUUUACAACAACGCUUGCUUAAUAAAAUCAAGUUAAUCUCUCUUACAUUAUUACAGCUAGUGAACAUUUUGCGACUUUCAAUCUUCAGUUGCAUGAUUGUAUGAAUACUUAGCAAUUAUCUAACGAAAGAUUGAAUCUAAUUAAUUGACUUUUGCUCGACUAAAAUGUAUUUUUUAGCUGCUUAUCUUGUACUUGAUUGAAAAUUAUAAGGUGUUGACUUUAAGUGUAUCUUUUUUAUUGUCACACAAUUUUUGUUCACCGAGUCACUGUAACUUUGUUGUCUAAAUAAGAAAUGUUAAAAUAGCCUCUUAAAAGCGAGUCUCAUCUUCUGCUUCCUCUACUGUGAACGUUUGGUUUAUGUUUUUUUUCAUUAUUUCAUAAAUUGUUAAUUUAUCGUCCGAUAAUCAACAUAAGCAUAUCAGACGCAGGUAAUAUCCUGAUAGACUUAAAGCUAUCGGCUGAAUUUUUUGCUUAACCCUUGUGACAACUCAAUCUAUAAUGUUGUUGGUCGAUUGAAGUGAAUUUUAAAAGCAAAUUAUCCUCAGAAUGUCAUCAUUAAUUCAAACAAACGAGCUUUGUCAAAUUUGCUCUGAUGACUCAAGUGGAAAAUAUUUUGGCUUCCAUUUAUGUUCCCCAUGUAAGGCAUUUUUUCGUCGUAAUGCUGAUAAAGGACAGAUGUUUAAAUGUGCUUUUAUAAAUAAUUGUGAUAUAAAUAAGAUUACUCGGCGCCAUUGUCGAAAGUGUAGAUUGGAUAAAUGUUUCAAAAUUGGAAUGAGAAAAUUAUGGAGCUCUAUGGAAAAUAGUGAGGUCGUAAAAUCUGAGAAUCUGGAAGAAGACGAUGCCAAUGAAAUUUUACCGGAAAAACCUCUAGUGACUCCAUCUCAUGCUUCUUAUGCUGCCUCUUCCAACGAAACCUUCGAUUUCAAAUUACCAAGUCUACCUGUUCGAAAAAAUAAUCGUAUAAAUUGUUAUGGUCCAAACAUUACUUUGGUUCUUUACAACCUUUUAGAUACUGGUUCAUUGCAAGAUUUAUUGGAAAGUGAAAAUGACGAGCCAGUUGAUGCAUCAUCGAACCAUGAAUUUACGAGUCAAAAUUCAUUUCUAGAACAAUACUCUGCUGAUAAUAAUGGAAAACGGACUUGCACUGAAGAUUCGUGUGAUUUUCACAAAGUCCGUCAAGAAUAUUUCACUUCAACGGGUUUCAUUCAAGGCUGUGAUAAACAAGUUGUCUUGGGAGCUUUGAGCCAACCAUCAUGUGAAAAUGAAUCAUGGCAGUGGAAGAUUCAUCAUCUUAUUAUUGGAGCAAAUUAUACACCAAUUGACAUUCGGUCUGAACUCGUUUCAAAUUGUAUGGCCCUCAGUUUUAUCGAAUCAGCAAAAAUUGAUGAACUUCAGCAGUUUGCACUAUCAAUAUGUUCAAUCUACAAAUGUGAGCUUCCACUUACUCUUGAUAUUGCUGGGUUUCUCAAAGUUUGUGAAUAUUGUCUCAAUCGUUUAGUUCCAGCUUUAAAUACUGUUUCUUCCUAUUCAUCGCUUCCAAUUGAGGAUAGAAUGUAUCUGAUAAAAAGAAAUUUUGUGUGUAUCCUUGCAAUGAAAACUAUACCUCAUGUUGAUUUAGAUAUGGAAACAUUUCAGGUGCCUAAAACACCAGUUUCUUGGCCUUUAAGAUCACUUCGACUACUCCAAGAUUCAGCUUAUGAAGCUUUAAUCAAUUUUAUACAUUUUUUGCCUCCAGACUUGAGGAGAUGUAAUAAGGCAAAUAUGUUGAUGCUCGCUAUUAUACUUUUCAAUGCUGAAACUGAAAACGUAACUUGUAUCGACAAUAUAAGAUUUCAUCAAUGCUAUUAUAUCUAUCUGUUUAAACGUUUUGUGGAAUCCUUUUCUCCCGAUGCUUGCGAAGCCAGGUCCGAUUUUUAUGAUCUUAUGAUGAAACUCGGAGAAUUUCAAGAAAAUUUCAAUGGCAGAGAGUUGAUUCAAGAAUUAGCCGAUAACCACAGUGAAUCUGUUGGUCCUCUAAUGAGCGAAAUCCUGGAUUUGUACUAACCACACAAGUGGUGAAAGAAUGAAACAAAUUCAAACAAAAUUGGUCAAUUUAAAGAUUCAGCGUGUGUAGAUACAGUGUAUGAGGUGGUUAUGGACAUAAAUUGGAACGUGUACUUGAGCGACAAUUGGUGCAUCUGAGUGUAUAGUUGGGCUAAUAGAAUGAGAUUUAGUUCUGAUAAAACUAAUAGACAUGAAAAAAGCAGAGUUAGAAUCAUUUGUAAAACAAAAUGCAGGAUAUGUUGAAAUUUCAUCUAUUAUUAAUAUCUGAAUAUCAGAGAAAAUUUCUAACAUAUACUUGUUUUCCUGCUAAUUGAUUUUUGUCCGAUAAUCAAUAAGAGUUGAUAAUUUCAAAGUGUACUCAAAGUUGAUAAUUUCAAUAAUCCACUAUUAUGAAGAUACUUUGGUUAGGUGAACUGAUAGUUUCUGUAAAAAAGUCCUUUCUUGUUUCUUUCAAUUUUUUGGAUGAGAAAUAAUCAAACCAGGGAAAUCUAUUGAAAGCUCCAAUGUACUGAGCCUUCAAUAUCGUGAUCGAAGAUGGUCUCUUUUGUAUUUCGAUGAAGCCCAAAGUAUUUUGUCAUUUUUUUGUUUCCCCUUUUGAUUUGCUAGCUGAUUCCAAUACUGUAUCGUAUUGCUUAGUAAUACUGUUUCGAUUUCAUUUUGAAAUUUUGAUUCCUGUUUCAUCUUCUUCGAUCUACUUUUAAUGUAUUGAAUGCUUUUGAUAAGCUGAUCAGACACAGAGAAGCCAAACCAGAUUCCAAGUAUGCUACCAACAAAAAUUAGGUAUUCGCUCCAUUGAAGUUUUGGAUAAGCUUUCAAAUACAUGGUUGGAGUACGUGGAGGCUCUAAUAAGAUGAUUCCAAAAACAUUUUUCGUUUUUCCAGGAUAAAUUUUACCCUCAACUCUGUUUAAAUCCCAAAUUGGAAGGAUACUUUCCCCAUUCAUAAACCAUAGUUGGAACCAGAAAAGGAUUUUUCUGUUUAAGCGAUGAAUUGAGUAAACAUUCAAACAUGGAUUUCACUUUAUCAUAAUAUUGGCACUCGGUUUCAUAAGGGUUCCUCAAGGAUUUUGUUAUGGUUUUGGUGUAACUAGCUGCUGCAACAGGAAACUCUCCAAGUUUGUGAUCAAUAAUAAAGUAACUAGUAAAAUCUGGUUCAGGCAAACUACUAGGAUCAGCAAAUCGUAAACCAUAAUAGGAUCGUAAAGUGUUGUGUAAAGCACCAAAAAUUUUCAUACUCAUCGUAGCCGUAUCCAUACUCAUGUUAAACGGUUUUGAGUUUUGCAAACAUGAAAUACGAACAUAAAUGGCAUAUCCACUGAAAUAUCUUGAAAGCUGGCAGCUUUCCUUUAGAAUGUCUUGACUGCUUUGACCCCAGAUAAUCGCUAAAAUAUUAUCUCUUGGAUCAUCUGCUGACUUUUCAAUAUCUUCAAUUGUAAUGAAGGAGCACAAAGCAAAAGACGACAUGAUGGGACCAUUCUUAAAAUCGUUUUCACAACUUUCAAUAAUUUGUUUAAGAGUGAAAUUUUCACUGUUAGUUUUCACCAUUGAUUUACAUAUUGAAAUCAUCAUCUCUGUUUUGAGAUUGAAAAUUUUAGUAAAAUUAAUAGCUGUGGCCAACGGUAUCAUUAAGUCAAUGGCAGGUAAUUCAAUUACAUUUGAAUAUUUGUAAGAAACAUCACUUCGCACUUUAAAUUGUAAAAAUCUUCUGGUUAUGUCAUAAAUUUGCAGGAAACAACCAAUUGUGCAAAUCAAGUUUACGAAGGAAAAUUUUGCCAAAAUAAUUCGCAUCUUUUUAUUUUUAACUACAAACUUCAUUUGAAAGUCCUUUGGUUUCACCUAUUUUCUGGUAAAAUUACGAGCUGAUUGACUGGUAACACAUUGGCGAUUCAAAUUUCAGGCUCAGUGGUGUCGCAGUAAUGUCACUUGGUUGAAAACUGGAUAAUAAGUCAAAUAAUCAGAGUUUAAGACACGAGAAAAGGAUUGACCGAUUUCCUGGAUUUAAAAAGCCAGCUCAAGAAUAACAUUGUAUAAUAGACUCAUUUCAAUCAAUUGAAAUCUUUCUUGUUAAAUUGUCUCGUUGACUUGAUAACAUUUUUAAUUAAACUGUACUAAUUAAUGGACGAAAAAAUAACAGAUCAA